AUGGCUAGUAGUGCCAUAUUUACUUUUUUGGCCGUUGGAUCACUAUGUGCGAUCGUGGAGGGUCGCUUUAGCCAUGUAGCUUGCCAGGUGGUUGAAAAUAAAUGGUGCACCGUACAGAGACUCCGAAUUUCUGCCCGCACUGACGUCCGCGGGCUAGUGUUUCCAGAUGAUCAAUAUGAAAAGAUUCGUAUCGGACAGUAUUACGACUUUGUGAACACCGAUAGUACGAUCGUAAUAUUUUCCGGGGAACUAUUCUAUCGCAUGAGACGUGUACGAUAUUUACAAAUGAACGGUGUCCGUAUGGUAGGAAUCGAUAUACCAGACACUGUCAUCGAGCUUGAUGUAGCUGAUAAUUGGUUGUCACGUGUUUACGUGGAUCCAGAUAAGAGUUAUGCAAUGCGGAAGCUAAGCAUGCGCAACAACCUUCUAACUAGCAUCAAAAGUUUGAAAUAUCUCAACCUGCUUGAAGAUGUAGACCUUAGUGGAAACAUGCUGCACACAGUGAACUUAGACGUAUUUUCGUUUAUGCCAUACAUCCGAAUUAUCAACCUAGCACGUAAUCGAAUCUCCAGUGCAACUACCGGCAAUGGCGUCAUUUCACUUGGAUACCUAGAAGAUGCAAAUCUUGCAGAAAAUUUGCUUUCUAAAUUAGAUAUAGGAGUAUGGCUAUUUCCUUCUCUGCGUACGUUGAAUCUAACUGGAAACCCCAUCAAACGUCUAAAUCUCUCUAAUCAACAGUCUUUUCCUCGCUUGAAAAGUAUUCUUCUAUGA